UUGACCGCCCGAGAAGCCCACGGCGACGAGGCCCAGCUCGUUCUGCUUCGGGAGGAACUUGGGUUGGAAGGUAGGAGCGUCCAUGUUCGUAUAUGAUCUCGACGUUGACGGGUCGGUGGAGGAUUCGAGAAAGGAUGUCAAGCCAAUGGCGAAGGAGAAGAAGAAGAGGAAAAAGAAGGAACAGGAAAGAUAUGAGGGAACCUUGAAGGAUCUUGCACACGAGGAAUCGAAGAAAGGUCCAGUACGAUCGAUGGAGGAAAGAAAGAAAGAAAGAGCGAGCGGAUCAAAAGCCGAUUGCCAUCUAUCUGUCCCGACUGCCCAGGUGUGUUGAUGCGUGCGGAAUGAUAUCUCUGUGGACCGAGUGAUGAUGGUUGUUAUUAUCAUUACAUACAAGCGAGGUCACAAGAACAUGGAUCGACACACCGCGAAUUACCUAAUGAUUGUCCCAUGGUGUUCCCAUUAUCAUUAUUAUCAUGAUUAUCAGAUGUGGACGUGGGUGGAUGGUGGGAAGGAGCCGCCUCUGAUUGUUACUAUUAUCAUCAU